UACAGGCAGCACGAUGAGAAAUAAGUUUGUGUUUCUGCUAAUCGUUCUUCAAUUAUGGGACUUUGCCAUUCCAAGUUCGUCGGUGGAUGACCCAUUACAGCUGGUCGAAUCGAAUCGCACAGUAGUAAAUGUGGAUGUAGAGUCUAAAUAUCAAACUAACUUCCCCAUUCAAAUUGGCAACAAGUUCUACCAUGUUGAGACCGAGCUGCACGUCAGCUGGUACCAGGCGGCUCACAAUUGCCGCAAACUCGGAGGACACUUGCUCAAUAUUGAGAGCAGCACGGAAAUGGAUUUGAUCCUAUCGGCCAUUCCAUCUAGCAGAUAUUGGACAUCGGGUAACUGUCUAGCUGAGUACAGAGAAUGGAUCUCUAUCGCCACAGGCGAGACCAUGCCUUAUCUUAGAUGGCAGGAAGGGGAACCCAAUAAUCUUUUUGGCGAAGAGUUCUGUGUCGAAAUCAAAAUAAGUUUACUCAACGAUGACGACUGUCGUUUAUCCUUAAAUUAUAUAUGCGAAGCCAAGACAUUGUAAGAAAACUGUAAAUUUGUUGUUUACAUU